AUGUGACGUAUCGGUCCCCGCAGCUGUGUCUGGGCAGAGCCCUCCGUGGUAGAUAAGGCUGCCUCUGAGUUUCGUGAUACGGAUACUAUGCUCUCUACGGCGGAAAGUAUUUGCGGUCCUUAUCUUUGGAAGGUAUACGAUCUUCUUGUUUUACCUCCCAGUUUUCCUUACGGUGGAAUGGAGAAUCCUUGCCUCACAUUUGUUACACCGACUAUUAUUGUGAGUUAUACAGAGACUAUCGGUUUUCAGUGA